UGCCAUGGCCGUCGCGGGCGGGACGGUGGCCGCCAUUUCCGCAGCCAUGGCGGCGGCGUGCGGCAGGGCCCUGCUGGCUCCGCUCGGCCGGCGGCGGGCCCCGCUCCGCUCCUUCACCGCCGCUCCUCCUCACCCUCCUCCUCCUCCUCCUCCUCACGGCCCCGCCGCCGCGCCGCUCUACGACGUGGUGGUGUCGGGCGGGGGCAUGGUGGGCAGCGCCAUGGCCGCCGCGCUGGGGCAUGAUAUCCACUUCCAUGAUAAGAAAAUCGCUUUGCUGGAGGCUGGUCCUAGGAAAGAAUAUGGUCAGUUGCCAGAGAGGUUCAGUAACAGGGUCAGUUCCAUCUCCCCAGGAUCAGCGACCCUUCUAAGCAGUUUUGGCGCAUGGGAUCAUGUCUGCAGCCUGAGAUUCAAACCGUUCCGGCGAAUGCAGGUAUGGGAUGCUUGUUCAGAGGCCAUCAUUGUUUUUGAGAAAGAUGACUUUGAUGACAUGGGUUACAUAGUGGAGAAUGACGUCAUUAUGGCUGCUCUCACAAAACAGUUAGAUGCAGUAGCAGACCGGGUGGAGGUUUUCUACGGGAGCAGAGCAGUCGGGUAUACCUGGCCCCUUCCCUCUCACAGCUGUGACACAAGCCCUUGGGUCCAAAUUGAGUUAGCUGAUGGACGCAGACUUCAGACCAAACUGCUGAUUGGUGCAGAUGGCCAUAACUCUGUAGUCCGGAAGGAAGCUGAAAUUCAGAACAUCGAGCAUCGGUAUGACCAGUCAGCGGUGGUGGCAACUCUUCACUUGUCUGAGGCCACAGAAAAUAACGUAGCGUGGCAGAGGUUCCUUCCCACAGGGCCGAUUGCUCUUCUUCCGCUGUCUGACACUGCCAGCUCUCUGGUUUGGUCUACAUCUCAUGAACAUGCAUCAGAACUUCUCACUAUGGAUGAGGAAAGUUUUGUGGAUAGCAUCAACUCUGCCUUUUGGAGCAACGUAAACCACUCCGACUUCAUCGAUACUGCUGGGGCCAUGUUUCGGUCUGCUAUUUCACUCCUGAAACCCUCCGGGACCGCAGUCCGUCAGCUGCCCCCAAGUGUCGCUAAAGUAGACCCAGAGAGCCGAGCCAUGUUCCCCCUUGGAAUGGGGCAUGCAACAGAGUAUGUCCAGCACCGUGUGGCUCUCAUUGGGGAUGCAGCACACAGAGUCCACCCACUUGCAGGACAAGGUGUAAACCUGGGCUUUGGUGAUAUUGCGUGCUUAACUCAUCACCUCAGUGCAGCAGCCUUCAACGGGCAAGAUCUGGGGUCCUUAAAGCAUCUCUUAAAGUUUGAGACAGAACGACAGAGGCACAAUGUCUCCUUGAUAGCUGCUAUUGAUAUAUUGAAGAGGCUUUACUCCACGAGCCUGGCUCCCUUGGUGUUGCUGAGGACAUGGGGAUUGCAAGCAACAAAUGCCCUGCCUCCCAUCAAAGAGCAAAUCAUGGCUUUUGCCAGCAAGUGAUCUGUUUUCGGUUUGGGACAGCAGCUUGACAGUGAGUGCAUUACCCUUACAAAGACUGUGACUGUUGUGAAUCUUUGAAUUCUGUUAUUUUAAUUUAACAAUAAAAAUGAGGGAUUGAGCUGUGUUUUACACCAUCCACUGGUUCAUGCAGAGUCUCAUCGGCUCUCCUCAAGAAGAUUUAGGGUCUCUUCCUAUAGUACGUGGCCUCUUAUGCCACUGAACUAUCUAUGCAAUGUGCUUUUAAUUUGUGCCUUCUGGAUACAAGACUGAGGUGGAAACAGCUUUCUGGGUUUUCUCCUGGCAUAUGCGGUGCUGAAUUUUGCUAGUUACAAAUUUUGCUGCUUGAUUACUGUCAGUUUUCCCUGAUGUGAUUUCUGGAAGUGGUAUUUUGCUUCUGGGUUCUUACCACUUCCUGGACUCAAAAAGGAGGGGUAAUCAGCAGCAGAGAGCCACCUCCUGAUGGUAGAUACCUAUGUUUUAAAGUUCUAAUCUCUCUCCUUCACCUUCCCCCCUGCCGCUCCCUUGGUGCUUUAUUUAAUAAUGGUGUUGCUUGUGGAACUGGUUAGUCUUAAGGACUCCCAAUACCAUGAAAAAGAGAUGCAAGGUAACAUCUAAGAAUGAAGACAUCACCACAAAGUUGUGAAUAUUGUUAAAAAUGCUUUAAUUACUAAAAUAGAAAUUCAAGAUAUUCUGUCUUAAGUUCUAAACACCAGCCUCCUUUUAUUAGACAUUUGAGACUCACAACAUGGAGUACUGCUACUGGGCACGAUUUACAUGUACAGUUAACCAGUAUCAGGAAUUAACACCACAAAGAAUUCAACAUAAGUUUUUGACUGAAAACCAUUACUUGUGCUUCUUCAGUCACACAUACUAGUCAGUUCCUGUUAGUGUGGAUAAAAGACAUUACAAAGGAGGAGAUAAAAAUCAGUGAUGCAAGCAAAACUCUUCCCUUAAAAGGCUGCUUAGUCUUUA